AUGCGCGUAGGUGAAAAGCGCGGAGACUCGGUGGUGACUUCAGUAGGCAAUCACCCUCAGUUCACUUCUCCAGGAUUCCGUCUGGUGACGCGAGGUCGCCUCUCUGUGAGUCAGCUGGGCACAGUCUCCUGCCUCCCACUCCAGACGUGUGUCUGGCACAAAUCGGCUACUUCCUGCAGUCGGGACUGCACCUUUCAACUUUUAAACCCACAUAUAGCAACAAUGAAAGACGAUGUUUUAUACCAUUUCAGCCUCAACACCAGUACACAUGAUUUCCCAGCUAUGUUUGGAGAUGUGAAGUUUGUGUGUGUCGGUGGUAGCCCCUCCCGCAUGAAAGCCUUCACCAGCUAUGUGGCUCAGGAGCUGGGUCUCGAGCGACCAGGCAUGGACCUUGUCAACAUCUGUGCUGGAACAGACCGCUAUGCCAUGUACAAAGUCGGCCCAGUGCUUUCUGUCAGUCACGGCAUGGGCAUCCCUUCUAUUGCAAUCAUGCUGCAUGAGCUCAUCAAGCUGCUGUAUCACGCUAGGUGCUCCAAUGUCACUGUCAUCCGCAUCGGCACUUCUGGUGGCAUAGGUCUGGAGCCUGGCUCUGUGGUCAUCACCCAACAAGCAGUGGAUGCCUGCUUCAAGCCCGAAUUUGAACUGAUUGUGCUGGGGAAGCGGGUCGUUCGGAGCACAUGCCUUGAUAACCAGCUAGCACAGGAGUUGAUGCAGUGUUCCAAAGAGCUGGAUGAGUUUCCUGUAUUCAUGGGGAACACCAUGUGCACCUUAGACUUCUAUGAAGGCCAAGGCCGCCUCGACGGUGCUCUGUGCACGUACACGGAAAAGGAGAAGCAGGAGUACUUGAGGGCUGCCUAUGCUGCCGGCAUUCGGAACAUUGAGAUGGAAUCCUCUGUCUUUGCUGCCAUGUGUGGUGCUUGUGGCCUCCGAGCAGCCGUCGUGUGUGUCACCCUUCUCAACCGAUUGCAUGGAGACCAGAUUGACAGCCCGCAUUGGGUACUAGUGGAAUAUCAGCAACGACCCCAGAAGCUGGUGGGCUACUUCAUAAAGAAAUGCCUCCAGAAAGCCUGA